CACAGUAGGUUUAACAGCAGCAGAUUUAUGAGUGCAGCUAAAUCUGAAACAACUUGUUCAACACGUGAACCAGGAAGAGACACAUCAGAGCAGAGGACACGGCCGGGGACAACAGGGGAAUCACAGACAGCUGAACCAACAGACAGAUGACUCCUCCUCCUUCACCUCCUGUCCCCAAACCUAGAGCUCGUUACAAGACGACCAGUUUGAGCUCCGCCUCCUCGUUAGACAGGAGCGAUGACAACACGGUUCCUCGGAGCAGAGAUGACGGUGCUACUCGUCUUCCUCCUUCCUCCGGCUCCGAUAAUGGCUUCAUCUUCCCAACUCUGGUCAGUGUCACUGACAUCAUCGCAGCCAACAUUCCGUCAUUGGCUGGGGUCGCUGCUGCUGUUGGGGGCGCCGCCCCCCCAGCCUGCUCUGCCCCCUCUGCCCCCCCCUCCAUUGACAGCAUAGCUGACAGCAUCAACACUCACAUACCGAGCUUAGCAUGCACUGCUAAUGCUCUGGUUAACCCAGCUGAUGCUACAUCAAAGCCUUCCUCUUGCCCCACACCUGCACCUGCUGCUAACACAGGUGCUGCUAGCAUUGUUAGCUCAUUAGCAAACAUGGCCGCUUCAUUAGGGAUUAUUAGCUUUGUCCCUUCAGCCCCACCCCCCUCAGAUGGUAAACCCAACCCCCCUGCACUACAAAGGAUUGCACUUCCUGAAGACCAUCAAACAGAUGUUGGGGCUCUGUCCCAUCUGGUUAUGUCAUCUUUAGACCCAACUGCAGGAGUCAUGCUACCUCCUGUAGAGGGAGCUGCUGAACCCACAGACGAAGUUUUAAAUCCGUCUCCCCACGACGCUUUAGCCGAAGUCCCGUAUGUCACCGUGUUGUCUUGUUGGGAUGGUGAGGAAGCUGACUCUGAAUCAUCCAAUGAGGAGGAGGAUACUGGAGUAAGCCCUGCCUCCUUUGCAGAUGAUGGACCACUGGGAGGAGAUUCCCCCUCAGACACAGCUACACACACUCACAGGGUCCCGAUCAAUCCUCCAGGUCGUAUCAUCCCCAAGAGGCCAGCUCCACCUCCUCCUCGUGCUAUUGGCCAAUCAGAGAAACCUGGAAAACGAGUGAAACAGAAGAUCCCAAGAGCAGCAACGAUCCGAGUGUCCAGGAAGAAGUGCAGCAACGGAAGUUCACGUCCACAGAGCACUGUGGUCCGGUCCAGCUGGUUGGACGUCUGGAAGGGCUUCAGACACAAUGUGCUAUGGGCAACUUUGGACGGACAGCAGAUGUCUCUGUGGAAGAAACGCACAGACCGGUUCAGUGAGGUGUUGUUUCAUGUGUCCAGUAUCACCAACGUGAAGACACAGGACAAAGGAAGAUUCUCUGUUUACUUCAGGAAGAAACAUUACGACUUCAUGGCUCAUAGUGACGAGGUUCAGGAUGGUUGGGUUGCGUCGCUGCUGGCGUCACGAGGCCAGCCAAGCCCCCCCCCUGCCCAACUGCAUGGACCAAUCACCAUUAAAGAGCCCCGGAGUCGCGCCUAUGCGGCAGUCUGGGGUCACGAUCUCUGGAUUUACCCCAACAAAGAGGGCUACCUGCUGGGCAUCGCCUCCUUCUCUGUCCCCCUGAACGUGGCCGCAGUGAAAUCUACAGGAAAACACUCGUUUACCCUCAUCACUCCAUACAAGAGCUUCAAUCUGUCGGUCGACUCUUCGAAGGACCUGCCACUCUGGUUGGACGGUCUGUCCUUGUCUAUCCGCAGUGCUCUGUCCUGCAGCCAGGUGGCGAUGCGCCUUCUGGAAAACCCCUGCAACAAGGUGUGUGGUGACUGUGGCUCAGCCAAUCCUGAGUGGGCGUCGGUCAACCUGUUGCUGGUCAUCUGUGAGGCGUGUGCAGGUCAGCAUCGCGCUCUGGGUAGUAACCUGUCGAAGGUACGCAGUCUGAAGAUGGACAACAAGGUCUGGACUGAACCACUGUUACAGCUGUUUGUCGCCUACGGGAACCGGCUGGCCAAUCAGGUGUGGGCGGCCUCAGUGCCGGCAGCCGAGCAGCUGAUUCCUGACUCGUCUGAUGAGGAGAGGUCAAAGUUCAUCCAGGAUAAAUACAGCAGGGGGCGCUACAGACGAGUCCAUCCACUGACGUCCUGUCUCUCUCUAAUGGACCAGAGGCUGCGAGAGGUGGCGUGUACUGAUGACAUCGAGGAAACCAUGUCUCUGAUCUGCUCAGGGGCAAAGGUGCGUCAGACAGAUCCUCAGAGCCCCUCCCCCAUCCUCCUGGCUGAGAGGGCGGGUCAUGCUCUGCAGAGUGAGCUGCUCCGACUCAACGAGUACACAGAAGUCCCGCCUCACCAGCCCCAGUCAAUUAAUAGGAGACCUGACUCCGCCCCCUCAGGUGAGGAGGAGGAGGAGCUUCAUGGGAAACUGGAAGAAGAUCGUUUUCUUUUCUCGGUAGAAAACGAUUCAGCAGCUUGUGACGUCCUCGACCUGCGAGAGCUUCUGUCAGUGUUCAUCAAAUACGGAGCGGCCAAUGAGUUUGAGAUGGUGACGUUGAGCGAUCAGCUGAUUUGUGCAGCUGACGAUCACGACACUCUGAUGACUCACCUGCUGCACAUCCUGAAGGUGAUUCUCCCAGGGGGUGUGUCUUAUGCAGAGGUGGGCGGGGCGUCGGCUGUCAGUAAAGUGUGUGUGGUUGAAGUGGGCGGAGCCUCGAGUCAGUCUGACGCCUGGUUAUUACUCUGUGAGGAUGGCGUCAGCAUCCACCCCGUCCACAGACACACACACACAGACACACACAGACACACACACCCGACUGUGAGGAUGGAACUGAGCACGAUCCGUCACCAUGAACUGGACCCAUCCAAAAACGUCAUCACCAUGGAAACUGGAGACAGGUGUUUACCACACACACAACAACAACAACAACAACAACAGCUCAAGACAGAAAGAAUGGGCGUGUCUUUGCGUUUCAAGGAGCAGCACAGCUGUCAGUCCUGGUUCAACCACCUGCAGAGAGCUCUGACCAAUCACAGCUCGGAUCCUCACCGUCCUCCAGCAGCCAAUCACAGCUCCACUCGUCAGGCUCUGUACCCAGAUCUGGACGUGGGCUUGAGAGGUUCAGUACCGCAGGGUAUCGAACGCUGCAUCUCCCACAUCACCGCCCACGGUUUGAAGGUGGAGGGCGUGUACCGCCGCUGUGGCCUUGCUGCCAAAGUGAACCAAUUGGUGGAGGCUCUGAUGACGUCACCAAGUUCUGCCCCCCUGGAAAGUGACGAGCAGGGUGUGUUGGACGCUGGCUCCGCCCUCAAACAAUAUGUCCGCCAGCAGCAGGGUUUAAUCCCCAACGUACAGCCGUGGCUGCAGGCCGCAGUGGUUUCAGAUCAACGCUCCAGGUUUAAAGCUUAUCAACGGUUACUACGCCAACUUCCUGACGACAACCGAGCUACACUGAGCGCACUGUUCGCACACUUCUACAUGGUCCAGGUGUUCUCUCAGGUGAACAAGAUGUCCGCUCAGAAUCUUGCUCUGAUUCUCGUCCCGUCUCUGUUUCACACCUUGAGCCAGGAUCUGCUCACACUCACCAGAGAGUUCAUCAUCCACCACCCACUGCUGUUCCUGGUAAACACACAACACACACACACACACACACACACACCACAUACAUCUGACCCACACACCCCGAUCAGUCACUGUUUUCUGUGCAGACACCUGAGGAAGAGGAGGAGGAACAGAUCACAGUCUUCUGAUGAAGAAGAAGAAGAAGAAGAAGAAGAAGGAAGAGAAAUUAGAAGUGAUAUUUUUUCUCUGCAUUUUUCACUCAUUUACUUGUUUUAUUCCUUUAUUCCUUUAUUUUUUGGAUGAAAUCAACACAAACACAAUAUCUAUGGAAUAUUGUGUUUGAAUAUUAAAUCAAUGAAAAUAA